AUGACUCUCGAUACCAUACUCAAAAAUAAGAUGCAUGCUGAAAAUAUUUUCAUGCUUUGGAAAUGCUGCCGCUGCGAAGCAGCUCCUAAAGCCCUGCCAAUUUAUCUUUGUAAUGCUCUCGGUGCAGAGAAUAAAGCUAUUUCAGGGGAUCGGAGGUGUCCAAAAUUAACUUGUGGCGAUACAUCGUGCACUAUAUGCUAUAGAUCAAAAACAAAAUGUUCAAAUUCAAAUUGUGAACACGAAAUAUGCUACGGAUGUCCUUCUCAUGAUGGCCAUAUCAAUACAAGAAACUUUCAAGUAUCGCUUACAAUCAUAGGAGGCGAAAUAUUCGCGCUCACUUUCUUCAUGGGUUAUAAUUGCCGGUGGCAAUGCACUGAAAGCAGGUUCCCAAACUUCAACGUGCUCGAGAGCCCAGAACCUUCAUUUUGGGGCGAUGGUUACAAAGAUUCAGAGCCGACUGGACAGAAAAUAACACGUAUAAUACCGCUACCUAGGGUUAUUGCCAACCAAUAUCUUCGAAGCGAUGAACGGCACAUCGAGGAAGAGACAAAUUUACAAACUGAGUUGAAGGAUAAGUCUAUGGCAGAUCCGCAACCUCCCGUAUCUAGACGCAGCCCUAUCUCAUCAGACAGAGCCAUACAAGCCGCAAAAACAAAUCCGAGAUCACCAAAGACUUCCCAAGAAAGUCCAUCACAGGCCCCUGAAUGGACCGAGAUCGGUAAAAAUGUCAACAACAUCCUAGAUAACAUGGAAGAUAGUAGUGAAUUCACUUAUACCGCUGUUAACAGCCGAAAUCUUAUAGCUGCAGGUAUCAAGAUCUCGGAAUCGAAUAGAACACAGGUUGAUAGCGAUUUCGUCAUCGCAGAAUUGAGUGGCCAAACGACUAGAUCAAAUCAGUCUAAAUGCUUUGAAGUCCAAGGAUUAGCGUCCAUAUCUGUUGUGAACACACCGUUCUCUGUACCAGUUCCCAGUGCAGAUCUCCUCCCGGUUUGCAUCUAA